CAUCUUUCACGACGACGACGCUGGUUCUGUGAAAAGUGAAAACCAAAUCAUUUUUCCACAAAUAUUGUGCAUUUUUUUUUAAAAACAAUUUAAAUCCAUUUGACGAUUAUUUCUUAUUUGAAUUAUAAACAAAUAAAAAGUAAUAUAAUUUCAUAAUGGGAGUACCAGCAUUCUUCAGAUGGCUCAGUCGCAAAUAUCCAAGUGUUAUUGUUGAGUGUGUCGAAAACAAGACAGUAGAUGAUGAAGGACGUAAUCAAUAUGAAGAUCCUACAUUGCCAAAUCCGAAUGGCAUCGAAUUUGAUAAUCUUUAUUUGGACAUGAAUGGAAUUAUACAUCCGUGUACCCAUCCGGAGGAUAAGCCGCCUCCUCGCAAUGAAGACGAAAUGAUGGUUGCCAUAUUCGAAUGCAUUGAUCGUUUGUUUGGCAUUGUCAGGCCAAGGAAACUACUCUAUAUGGCAAUUGAUGGAGUAGCGCCAAGAGCCAAAAUGAAUCAACAACGUUCGAGGCGUUUUAGAGCGGCCAAAGAAUCGGUGGAAAAACGUAUCGAAAUGGAAAGAGUUCGCAAUGAACUUUUGGCUAAGGGAUGUGUUUUGCCACCAGAAAAACCAAAAGAGGAACAUUUUGAUUCCAAUUGUAUCACACCAGGAACGCCAUUUAUGCAACGUUUGAGUGUAUGUCUCUCCUACUACAUUCACGAACGUAUGAACAACAAUCCCGCAUGGAAAGGUAUCAAAGUCAUCCUAUCCGAUGCUAAUGUCCCUGGUGAGGGCGAGCACAAAAUCAUGGAUUACGUUCGUAAACAACGUGCUCAACCCGAUCACGAUCCCAACACUCAACAUGUCCUAUGUGGAGCUGACGCCGAUUUGAUUAUGUUAGGACUUGCCACACACGAACCCAAUUUUACAAUUAUUCGUGAAGAAUUUUUACCAAACAAACCACGUCCAUGUGACAUGUGUGGUCAAUUCGGCCAUGAACUUGACAAAUGUGAAGGACUGAAUGCAACAUAUAACACUCAAGACUUUAAGCCCGAUGUGCCCGUCGGACAGGAGGUAAAAUUUAUAUUUGUUCGUUUGAAUGUGUUACGUGAGUAUCUCAAGCGAACUCUGCAAAUGCCUAGCUUGCCAUUCAAAUAUGAUUUUGAUCGAGCACUUGACGAUUGGGUAUUCAUGUGUUUCUUCGUGGGAAAUGAUUUUCUUCCACAUUUGCCAAGUUUGGAAAUUCGUGAAGGUGCCGUUGAUCGACUUGUGGAAUUGUACAAAAAGUGUGUCUAUAAAACAGGUGGCUACAUUACUGACUCUGGCGAAGUUAAUCUCGAUCGAGUGCAAUUGAUCUUGAACGAUUUGGGCAACGCUGAAGAUCAAAUUUUCAAAGACAGACAAAAGCGUGAAAAGCAAUUCCAAGCUCGUGAAAAGGCAAAGAAACGUCGUGAGGGAGAUAUAUCCGCUUACAAUAAUACACAAUUUGCUGCCACGGCACUAGGAAGAGGCAAUCAACCUGGAAAAAUUGACAACUACAAAGAAGAGGCUGCCAAUGUUCGCAAUCAAGGAGGUAGAGCUGGAUUGGAUGCUUUAUUGCGUCCUCAGGAAGCCCAGCAACAGCAAGGAGGACGUGGACAAAAGAGAACUGCAGAUCAAGCUGGUCUGGACGACGACGAUGAUGACGAACAGAAACACGACGAAGUACGUCUCUGGGAGGAUGGCUUUAAAGAUCGUUACUAUGAAUCCAAAUUUGAUGUGGGACCUGAAAACUUAGAAUUCCGCUACUCUGUGGCAUUGCAGUAUGUAAGGGGUCUGAGUUGGGUUCUGAAAUACUACUAUCAGGGAUGUGCUUCAUGGAAAUGGUAUUUCCCCUACCAUUAUGCUCCAUUUGCUUCUGAUUUCAAGAAUAUUGCAGGAUUGUCAACUGCUUUUGAAAAAGGAACCAAACCGUUCAAUCCAUUGGAACAGUUGAUGGGAGUUUUUCCAGCAGCUAGUAGCUCUCAUGUUCCAGCUCCUUGGGCAACACUUAUGUCUGAUCCUAAAUCCACAAUUAUUGAUUUUUAUCCUGAAGACUUUAAAAUUGAUUUGAAUGGCAAGAAGUUUGCCUGGCAAGGUGUGGCUUUGCUGCCAUUUGUUGAUGAAAGAAGAUUAUUUAAAGCUUUGAAGCCAUACUAUCCACUAUUGACAGAUGCGGAAGUUCAACGGAAUAAAUGCGGCGACAGUCGAUUAUACAUUUCAACUGAAAAUGAUCGCUACAAAACUUUGAAGUCACACUACAAAAAUAAUAUUGAACUUGAUGUCGAAGUUCCUAUUUCGAUUCAAGGAAUGGGUGGUUUAAUGUUGUCAGCUGUAGAAAAUAUUCCAUUAGAUGGCUUAUUACAAUCACCAAUCAAGGGUUUACUUGAUAUUUCUGGGAAUGUUGUCAUUACUGUAAGAUAUAGAGAUCCAAAAUAUGAUCCAGAUUAUAUAUUCCCAGCAGUGAGAUUACCAAAUGCUGUUGAUCCACCAAAUGUAUUGGGUCCUGAAGAUCGAGAAGAAGGUUAUAGACCACAAAUUGGAUUUACUCGGAAUUCACAAAGAGGAUCAUUGGGAGCUGCUGGGCAUAGAAUGGUUAAUAACUACACCGGUGGUGGUGGAAAUAAUAGAGAUGGAGGAAAUAACUAUGCACAAAUUGCUCCACCAAAUGCAUAUAAUGAUCGCUAUAACUCCAACCAACAACGUAGUGGUAAUAAUUAUAACAAUUAUCAACAAGGUGGCAAUAAUUAUAAACAAUAUGGUGGAAGAGGUGGCAACAGUGGUGGUCACAGUGGUGGCGGUAGUUGGGUUCAAGUUGGUCAAGAAGGUGGUAAUCGUGGUGGGCGCGGUCGUGGUGGUAAUAGCUACAACAACCAACAAAGACAUGGCAAUAAUAAUUAUAAUAAUAAUUAUGGUUACCAAAAUAAUCGUGGAGGUGGACGAGGAGGCUAUAACAACAACCACCGAAGAUACUAGGCACUAUUCAAAUCCAUAAAAAAAAAAAAGUUUAUUGAAAGAAAAAGUUAAAAAAAAAAAAUAGUUAUAAAAUGUUUUA